GAGCGAACACGAAACACGAUUUGCAAAGAGUUCCCUCACGUGUAUCAAAAUCAGUUGGGGCAGCUAACAUGGGGGGCUCACGUCAUGAAAAACGAAAAGAGGCUCGCUUGCAGAAGAAUCAGAAAAAACAUGAAUCUUGGCUUCAGCGUCAGAAGUCGCAAAAGGAGAAUCGAGUAUCAUCAUCAGUUCAGAACACUGGUGACGUGAUCAAGUCUGAAGAUUUUCACCAGAUUAGUGAUAGUGAGACUGAACAUAUGGAAUUGAGCAGUCCUAGUGGUAACAAAGAUGAUGGAAAGCCUUUUAUACAUAAUAAAGAAGAGGUUAGAGUUAAAGCAAAGGAGAAGAAGAUGCAAAAAUUACAGAGAAUGAAAGAUCUGAAUAGACCAAAGAAGAAGACGAAAUUUGAAGAGUUUCUUGAAAUGGAUACACCAGCUGUGAUAUCUGCUGACCAGGAUGCUGAACUUGAGAGGAGGCUUGCAAAGAAGCUCAAGGUAAAGAAAGGUAAACUAAGGGGCUUGGAUGAUGGGAUGAAUGAUUUGUUCGAUGGACUUCCAUCUGUACUUGAUUCGAUGGGAUCUGAACUUGGGGAUUCUCGUAAAAAACGUAAGAAAAAGAGAUCUGAAGAAAACCAAAACAAUGAGGUUGUUGAUGAUAUGCAAGAAACUGAAGUUCUGGAGCAUGAAGAAACUGAUUUUCUUGAUGAGGAAAGCGAAGAAGAGCCUCCAAGAAAAAGAGACCGGAAACAACUUAAGAAGAAGAAGAAGAAGUCAAUUGAUGAAGAACUAGACAGUGAUCCCUUGGAAAUCACAGAUGAUGGUGAGUCAGAGACUAUUACACCGUCAAGCUUGGAGAACGUAGAACCUCAGUUGCAUGAGUAUAAGCCAGAGAGCAGCAGUAAGUAUGUUGCUCCUCAUUUGAGAUCUCAGGCUAAAAGUGAAUCUGAAGAACACACUAAGAUGCGUACACGGAUAAAAGGUCUUCUUAAUAAAAUGGCCGAAUCCAAUGUAGAAACAAUAACAGCAGAACUUGCCACAAUCUAUCGUACUGUUGCGAGAAGUGUGUCCUCUCAGAUUUUUUGUGAAGAGGUUUUGACAACUUAUGCCAGAGGCAAUGAACAGUACUCUGUAUUUGCUUCCUUUAUAGCUGGCAUGGCGUGUCUAGUUGGAAUGGAUUUUAGUGCCAAGCUUAUUGCAUCACUUGCUAAAUCUUUCGAGGAUGAAUAUCAGAAAGAAGACAGUCUCUCUUUGAAUGGAAUUUCUCUCUUACUUUCUUAUCUUUGUAUGUUGGGAGUUUGUUCCAGUGAUCUUAUCUUUGAUUUCUUAAUGACACUGGGGAAACGGCUGACUAAAGUUGAUGCUUCCAUUAUCACAACUGUUUUAGAUUGCUGUGGAAUGAAAAUAAGAAGCGAUGAUCCUCUGGCUAUGAAAAAAUUCAUCAUCAGCAUCCAGAACAAGGCAAAUGAAAUAAAAACUUCCUUGGAAGGCCAGACACAGAUGAAAAGCAUGAUGAUGGAAAAGAUGCUUGAAACCAUUUCUGCAAUAAAGAACAACAAGUUGAGAACCAAAGAGGAUUCCGUCCAGAACACGAGGGUAAAGAAGUGGCUUCAGAAGUUGAGAGUGGAGGAAGUAUUAUUAAGAGGGCUAACAUGGAGCAAGCUGCUUGACCCUGAGAAGAAGGGUCAGUGGUGGUUAUCUGGCGAUUUGGUGGUUAAGACUAACUCCGUUGAAGAUGUAGCAGAAACAAUGGAUGCAGAGGUUGUUGAGGCCCAGAAGAUGUUAAAGCUAGCUGAGGCACAGAGGAUGAAUACGGAUUCCAGAAAAGCUAUAUUUUGUGUGAUCAUGAGUAGUGAAGACUACAUAGAUGCAUUUGAGAAACUUCUUAGAUUGGAUCUGCCAGGAAAGCAGGACAGAGAGAUCAUGAGGGUUCUAGUUGAAUGCUGUUUACAGGAGAAAGUAUUUAACAAGUACUACACAGUUCUUGCUUCAAAGUUGUGCGAGCAUGACAAGAAUCAUAAGUUUACAUUACAGUAUUGUAUUUGGGACCAUUUCAAAGAACUAGAGUCAAUGUCACUCCAGAGAUCGAUGCAUCUGGCGAAAUUCGUGACAGAGAUUAUUGUAUCCUUCAAUCUUUCUCUUGCGGUUCUCAAAUCGGUGGACUUGGCAAAUCCAGCGGAGUUAACUCCAAAAAGAAUCAUGCACUUUCGAAUGCUGUUUGAGGCCAUCUUUGAGCACCCCGAGAACCUAGUUUGGAAUUUGUUCACUCGCAUAGCCUUGAAUCCGGACUAUGAAGGUCUACGGGAUGGAAUCAAAUUCUUUGUGAAGGAAUAUGUUGUGAAAAACAACAAGGCAAUCAAUGGGAAAUUCAGGAAAGCCAAAGAAGCUCUUAACAACGCAGAAGGAUUGCUCAUGUGAGUCUGAUGCCAUAAAAAGGCCAUAGCAAUUUUGAAGAGUACAAACUCUUAUAUUAUGAUGUCAUAGCAUCUGUACUUUGUACACUCUUUCUUUGGACAGAAACUUUUGUGUAGCUUACGUUAAUUAAAGUUUCUUAAUAUUAUUCACCACCUUUG